AUGGACUCUAGCACUAGUCUCAGCUCGACGGAUAUCCGCAUGGAACUGGAAGGUGAAGAGGGAGAGUUACGGAAGGACGAUGAGUUCUGGUUCACAGAUGGUAACAUCGUUCUCAUUACACGGAACGUUGCAUUUCGUGUCCACCAGGGUGUCUUAUCGCGACACUCGGACGUGUUUCGCGAUCUCUUCACUGUUCCUCAACCGGCCGUCCAAGAGCGAAUGUUUGACUCUCCAGUCGUCCGUCUCUCCGACUCCGCAUCCGAUCUCCGGCAUCUGUUACGGGUCUUGUACGAUGGGAGGAGGUUCUAUCUUAUGCGGGAAGAUCGCUUGCCUUUCGCAGCAGUAGAAGCAUUGGUGCGCCUCGGCCAGAAAUACGAGAUCCAGGAUCUCCGCGAGCAAGGACUCGUUCUGCUGAAGGCCGUGUUCCCUGACAACUUCCUAGCGUGGAACGCGAGCCUGAAGGCGAACUCGGAGGACACAUCGACAGUGGUCAUGGAGACGACGGACGCCAUAGCCGCAGUGAACUUGGCACGUGUCAUUGGGUGCCGUUCGAUGCUCCCCGCCGCUCUGUAUCGUUGCUGCCAGCUGAGUGCCGCUGAGCUAUGCGGCGGCGUCUCUCGUGGUGACGGUCAUACCGAGCAGCUGUCUGCAGAAGACGUGGAGAGAUGCAUAGAUGCGAAGGCCCGGCUGAUGAGCGCGUAUGCGGUGGGGAGGAUGCGGCGGUACUCUAUGGCCAGCACGGAUUGCCUGAGGAAGCCGAUGUGCGCAGCGACGAUGCAUUCUGUGCUACAGCGAAGCGUGGACUCGUACCCCCGUCGGGUUAAGAUCCAGCAGUGCGAAACUUUGGAUGACAUGGACCGGACGAUUGAUUUGCUAAGGGGACUCUGCGUCAUCUACGUCGGCGACUAUUUGACACGAUGUUUAGAGACGGGUGCCAUCACUAUCCAAGGCAAUGUUCUGUAUUCUGGGUAUAGUGAAGUCUAUGCAAGCGCAAGCAGUUGCGGAUGA